AUGAUGGUUCAUGCGACACGGUCCAGGAUUCUUACAAUCCUGCUGUUAUACUUCUGUGUCAACGUUGCUGUUGCAGAGAGAUGGGCACUUCAUUUACACAGGCGUGAUGGACCUACAACUUCAUCAACAGAUGUUUCGACAUCCCAGUCCAACGAACCGUCGCAGACAGGAAGUAGCAGUGGGGAUAAUGGAGGAACUACAGCUACACAGAAGGCUACUAUAACUGGAACAUCGAAUUCGACAUCGACAUCUAGCACGACGUCGUCCUCGUCAACCAGUACUGAGGCUCAAAUAACUCCAGUUACCUCGAAUAUCAAUGGAGCAACCCCGACAUCCUUGAUAAACCUCAAUUAUACGGGCUACAAUUUUACCCUUACACCUGACAAGCUCCCCAUUACUCCCGAGAUCAGUCCCGGUUUCGCAGUUGGAGGGGUAAUUUUGAUGGUUACUGGAGCAGUUUAUACCCUGGUCGGCAUCAAGAACAAAUGGCUACACAUUUAUCUUUCCGCCGCAUAUCUUGCGAGUGUUGCGGUCACGGUCUUGAUCAUCUACGUUAUGAACCCUCCCGUCAGCAACGCCAUUCAAGGAGCAUACAUCGUGGCUGUCGUAAUGACCGGGCUUAUUCUUGGUGGAGCUGCCAUUGUUUUUACGGAAAUGACUGAGGGACUGGGAUGUCUUCUUGGAGGAUUCUGCCUCAGCAUGUGGCUUCUUGUUUUGAAGCCUGGAGGGCUCCUGACUUCGACCAGUGGUAAAGCUAUUUUUAUUGCUUCAUUCACGAUUGCAGGUUUCUCCACCUCAUUCAGCUAUCGUACGCGACCAUACGGGUUGAUCGUGUUUGUAUCGUUUGGCGGCGCGACUGCAUUAGUCAUGGGCAUCGAUUGCUUCAGUAGAGCUGGCUUGAAGGAGUUUUGGGCCUACCUCUGGUCUCUAAAUAGCAAUUUGUUCCCUCUUGGCGCUACUUCUUAUCCGUUGACAAGAGGGAUAAGAGUCGAGCUUGCUUCUAUCAUUGUUAUUUUCCUCGCUGGAGUUGUCUCACAGAUGAAGCUAUGGAAGAUCAUCAAGGAACGAAGAGCUCAGCGCGCAGCCGAGAGACUGAAGGAUGAACGAACCAUGGAGCAAGAAGAAGAGAAUGUGGGGAGACGCGUCGAACACGCCAAUGCGGAAGAACGUGGGCAAUGGGAAGCUGUAUAUGGCGACAAGGAUGCGAACAAAUCGAUUGACCCGUCCAACAGAGAUUCCGGUGUUGGUGAUAUGGACAGUCAAAAGAAGGGACCAACGAGCACGGUAACUUCCGUGAAAGGUGAGGAGAAUAUCGAAAUGGUCGAUAUGCCUACUCAUACGACUGGUGCUGGACUCGUGAUGACCAACAAGGAUGGAGGACCCAUCACUGUCCGUGUUGCUCGUGACCCUGAGCCUACUCCUGAACUUGACGAAUUUGGCAUUCCUGUUGCAACAUCACCUACCUCGGCCUCACCUCGAAACUCGACAUCUCAAAAGCCCGAAGAAGAAAAGAUCUGGGUCGUUGGAGCUGAUGGAGAAGCAAGACUAGAGAGAAAGUCGUCAAAACGACACUCGAAGCGGAACUCCAAUGUUGCUCCCGAAGUCGUACCUCUUCCGUUCAAGGUCCCUGAGGGCGAAUUUUCGGAUGAUCGGUCAUCAGUGGCAACUUUCGCGGAUGAAGAUCCAGCAGGUCAAAAACGACGAUCACGACAUCUUUCGGCAGGAUCGAUGAUUCUGAGAAAGCUAUCACAAAGAUCGCAUGCAUCACUUAGGUCACCAAGAUCCCCUCGAUCAAACAGGAAUUCAAGAACUUUCACUAUUGGGGAGGGGCCCAGUGCAGAAGAUCUAGUUGUCACACACGGUGCUAUCGAAGAUGACCGAGCAAGUUCGAUUGCAGCUACAAUGGACGGUCUCAGCGAUGACGAGGAGAUGAGAAGUAUCAGAUCCUCUGUACAUCAAGCACCGGAUACGACAGAGGUCGCCGGGCCUCCACAAGCCUCGGAAAUUGUGCUUGCAAAGGACGUCGAGAAGCUAGUCAUGACGCCUGAACCCAAUCCUCUUACUCCAGAAGUUGAGAAGUCCGAGAAAGAUGAGCCCCGCCCGGUUACAGAAACAGCUGUUUCAGAUGAUGUACGGCCAGAAAGUGACGCCAAGGAGGUCGAGGACGUUCCACAAUCGUUGACCACAAGCACAGAUCCAAAACCAGAACUUGAUAUACCGAAACAAAGGAAGUCUGCAUCAAAUGUUUCUGCAGUGGAUUCAAAGCCAUCUAGCAUCAAGAAAGAGCACCUACCAGCUCAGAUGUCACGAGUGGUAAUGUCAUACCGGACGAACGAGUGGGCCAAGCAUCUGAGUAUGGCUGAUGCGCCAGAUCUUGAGGAGCUCAAAUUGGCAGAAUAUCCAGUUGCGGAACAAUCAACUGCUCCAGUUGAGACGGCAGUACCCGUGAGAGUAGAAGAGCUCCAACAAACAGCUGAAAACGCAACUCCAGCUCCAGCACCUAGCAGAAGUGCAUCUCAAAUAUCAAACCACCUACCUGCUCCCACAAGAUCAAAUUCAGCACUCUCAAAACACACUGCGAACCCAUCAGUUCUUGAAAGGUCAGAUAGCGCCGCCAGCGCUUACCCACCCCUAGAAGUCCUCAACCGCAGCUUAUCCCAACAAUCACUCGCCUCCCUAAAAAGCGUCAGCAAUCCCCCUAUCCCACGAGGAUUCCGAUCAGUCUCCAGCCCCGCCAUCCCCCAACCGAUCGUCGAAUCCCCCAGUGAAGCCGAAUACCCCUCCCACUCCCCCAACCUACCCUCUCUAAGCAAAUUUUCCGGGCCCAACGUCCCCUACGGCGCACCCAGCACCCUCAUUGGAAAACGCGACUCCAUGAUAAGACAAAAAUACAACCCUCCCGCUACCCUAUCCUCCACGCCCGAAAAUCCCUCCUGGAAAUUUCCCUCAGUAGCUGCCGGCUCCGGACCAUCAUCUCAAUACCCUAGCGGACCGACAAGCGUCAGAGCAGAAAGUGAUGCUGGUAGCAUUUACAAUUACCCCAACACAAACGCAGUCUUCUACGAAGAGGACGACGAAAACAUGUCUCUCUCCGCCCGCCGCGAACUAAUCCGCCAAUCCUCCCUCCACCAAUCAGCACCUAACCUUCCUAUUGCUGCCCAACCGCUGCAAACCGGCACUCCGCCCCCAUUCGACUCGCACCAGCCGCGCCGCCAGCCCUCGGGUCCGUCGCCGAUGGCGCGGGAACAGCAGCUCGCGAGCUGGAGAGCGAGCGUGCAGUACGAUUUAGCGGCUGGAGGGGCGCCGCGGAAUACGAUCGAGAGGCAGAGGAGCCAGUUGUGGUUGGAGCGGCAGGAGGAGGAGAAGCGGAGGGUGGCGGAGGAGCGGAGGCGGUUAGAGCGGGAUGGGGCGUUUGAUGAGCGGAUGCGGAGGGGGGAUAUGUUGGAUGCGCAUCGGGAGGCGUUGAGGAAGAUGCAGGCGAGUGCUAAUAGGCAUGCUUGA